AUGACACCGACGCGCUCCGUAUCCUCCCGCAGGAAACGCGACUUGACCCUGCAGACGGUGGACUUUCUCAAUAGCGUCAUGGAUAAAAGAAGCGCGGUGUCCGAGAAUCGCCGUGUCCAGAGUGCUCGCCCCUCCCGACGAUUGAGAUCUAUCACGAACCUACCGCGGAAUAGGGACAACUGCGCGGUUUUCGAUUCCGCGAAAGCACGACAGGUUGCCACCACUCAGCCUGUAACCCCACGACGCUCAUCUCGACUUCAGAACGGUCUACAAGUGCAGAGCAGUCCAAUCAGGCGGUCACGUCGGUUGCGUCGCCUGGAUAGCGGGGAGCCUGAGCAUAGAGCAAGGGAGAGCCUAGAAGUGAUAUCUGGCCAAGAGCACGGUGAAGUUGUGGAAGACUCCGGGCACAGAAGCGACGAGGGAAAUGAAGAAGAUGACUGGGUUGGGGUGAAUCUUUUUUCGGAUGAUACUCCCACUUCCUCUCAUUCUCCGAACUUGAUAUUCCCAUCCCCCUCAGGAUUUUACAGCGACCCGCAACGACGACGACGACGCGCGCAGAUCAGGAGUGAUGGGGCCAGUCAGUCUGAAACCACACCGAACAAAGGCACGGCAACUGAGCAAACAACACAAAAUAGCGUCCGCAAGAAAGAGUCAAACGAAAAUGUCUCGGACGCCCAGGGGUCUCCUCUCACACCCAGAGUACCAAGCGCCUCCGUCGUGGUCUAUAUGAACCAGAAUAGGCGUACUCCGAGCCCAGAUAUGACAAGGGCAACAACAACUACACGUUCGGUGCAGAGUGAUCACGAUAGGGAUGUGGAGAUGGCGGAAGUUCAUGAUUCUGCAACCAGUGAGGCUGAGGGCGACAGUGUCUAUGAAACUGGAGACGAAUUCGCGUACUCUAGCUCUUUGGGUUGUAGCCCCAGCAUCCCAGCAUCCUCCCCGGUCGCGCAGUCCGAGGAACCGAAACGAUCUACGCCACGAGGGAGCGAGGCGUUCGGAUCUCCUCCCAUGUCCCUAGAGGCCCUCCCCGCAAGGAGCACUCAAGGUCGGGCUCGUGCGCGGACGACGUCCCUACCAACCCAUGAUCGUCCUGAUCCUGCUGCCGACAAUUUGGGGGAAGAAGCUCAUAGCGAGGACGGCGAUAUUCCUCUGCUCCAAGAAGCAUUGCAACUUGGCCAACAGCGACCGCAUUGGGAUAUCCUGGAUCACGAAGCGCGCACACUUGGACAGGAUACCUCCUCCUCAAUAUCGGACGAGUUGCAGGAUAUCGACAGUCUGAUUUCGCACUUGCGCCAGCUCUACAUCCGUCUCUGUUACCGCUUGUACGCCUCCCUCCGUCCAUCGACCGAAGAGACGCGGGAGUGUGGAAGACUUUUGGAGUGCAUUUUUCGAGAGGGGGAUGGGUACCUAGACAUGGUCUACUACACAGCCAUUCGCGAAAAGGGAACCGCGCAGCGAACGAGCCCAAAGCUGACGGGAGAAUUUGAAGCUCGCGUUCUUCCACACAUGGUGAAACUCAUCCAUGCCUGCUUUGCGGCAUCCUAUAUCGAUUCCAAACACUUCCCUCAGGCUUAUAACCAUCUCCACCGUGCUAUGACCAUUCUCCUGGGAUUCUGCAACCGGAUUAUUAGUUUAAUCAAGGUGAGAUAUGUGCCAGGCGCAUCCCGCUGCGACAAUCUGUGCAAGGCCGUCCAAAAACUCCUCGAGGCAUGCAAGUCGGAUUUGCUACGAAGGCAACAUUCUGUUCCCGAGAAGCGGGAUCCGAAGAGUCAUCCUCCUCUCUACGCCGGAUCGACAGAGUGGACAGAUAAUGAAGCUCAUGCUCUUCUUACGGGGCUCCAACGGCACCGGGGCCAUGAUAAAUAUAUCCAGAUACUCAGGGACUUUGAAGAGGAGCUCAAUGGCCGUACCAUCCGGGAACUUCGACAGCAGACCCAGUAUAUUCAUGAUCAAUUUGUCCCUAUGAUCCGGGAUCAGCUCCGUACCCGCGAGGGACGACAAAAAUGGGACUGGCUACUGAGUGUAUAG